CAUGCGGUAUUGAAAAAUGGCAUCCAUUUGAUUCAUGCAAAUAUGGGAAUGUUUAUAAAUAAAUAAGGGAAAAAAUAAAAGCUUAGCAUUUUACUCCAUCAAUAUUAUCAAGAGGAACUUUUCUAUAUCUAGGCAUGAGCAGAUGGUAUUUGCUCAAAAUCUGUUAUAGUGCAUAUGCCUCAACAUUAAUUGAAUUACCUGUAUUCUUUUUGCCUGGAGCUUUCUUGAGAUCUUGUCUUUUAGAUUCAAUGCUUCUUGCUACUAGUGGUAGUAUUUAUGCUGCCAAACUAGCUCUUGAAAAGGGUUGGGCAAUCAAUCUUAGUGGAGGAUAUCAUCAUGCCUCUCUAAAUAGUGGUGGUGGGUAUAUAUAUAUAUAUUAUUAUAUUCAAUUAGAUUCUGCAUAUAUCCUGAUAUAACUUUGGUAGUCAACUACCUUAAGAGAUGUUGCAAUUUAAGGAGAAUAUUAAUAGUAGAUUUAGAUGCUCAUUAAGGAAAUGGUUAUGAAAGGGAUUUCCUUCAUGAUUCUUCAGUUUAUAUUAUAGAUUUUUAUAAUUCUUAUAUAUAUCCUGGGGAUCAUGAAGCUGAAUAAGCAAUAGAUUGUUUUGAACAUGUUGAUAGAGAUACAACAGAUGAAUAAUAUAUAAAAAUACUUUAAAGAGAUCUUGAGAAACAUAUCAAAGAUGAUAUGGAAUUUAUUAUUUAUAAUGCUGGUACUGAUAUUAUGGCAGGAGAUCCCCUUGGAAAUUGUUGUAUAUCAGCAGCUGGAAUAUAAAGAAGAGAUGAAGUAGUAUUUAAAUGGGCUAGCCAUAAAAAAAUUCCAAUUCUUAUGUUAUUAUCAGGUGGUUAUUAAAAAGAAAAUACAUUUGCAAUUGGAGAAUCGAUUUUGUAAUUAAUUACUACUUGA